CACACGCACGCACGUCAGUCGAAGGUUCGUUGCUCGGUCGGCCGUUCGUCGUCUCUCUCUGUCCGCGUAAUCUUAUCUGGUUCAGGUGUCGUGUAUGAUAUUAUUAUUAUAUUUAUUUACUUAUUCAUUUAUUAAAAAUUUUUUAUCACACACACCCACGUGCGUCGGUAACACAUUCUAUGUGUGGUAUAAUAAUCAUAUUAAAAAUAUGAUGUACAUCGUAAUCGGGUCUAUUUGGGUUCUGUCGUUAUCACCUCACGCCCGAGUGAAAACCCCGAUUCGGUAAGUUCGUGGUGCGAGCGAAACGAGCUAUUCUUGAAAACGUAUAUUUUUGCGGAAGACGUGUGUCGGUGGUCUCCGCUUGUGAUUUAGUGUUUUUUUAAUGAAUUGUAAAACGCAAAAAUUUUCUUUUAAUUGCUUUUUUUAAACCAUUUUUCAACUUACUUUUUGUAAUUAUCUAUAGUCAGUGAAUUAUAUUGCUCUUACGUUUAAUUUUGUGAAAUCAUAUCGUUCUUUGUGAGUAGUGCGUAUUUUUACUCUGUGUCAGUUUUACUUCAACGGCAUUUCAAUAUUAUACACUGUCGUAUUACUGUCGUCUUAUACUAUAUAAUAUUAAAACAUAGUGUUACCAUUCUCAAAAAUACAGUCAGUGGCGUAUGUACAGUGAUGUAGUGCGUAAGAUUUGCGUGUUUGUCGUUACGAUGUAAUUGCGUCUGAUACGAUGUUAGAACACGUUCUUUCUAUCACAGGACUAGAUUCCUGAACGUCGAAAAAGACGCUGAGAAACCUAAGUCUGAACCGAGACGACAAGAUUUCGAAAAUCGACGAUGGUAGAGCGAAUCGAAAACGAAACGGAUUGUAAUAUGCCACAAGGCUCCUGUUGGUCUACGGUGUAUUCUGGCUUUUAUUUAUUUCUCGCCAGGCAUUCAGGUCGGAGACGCACAGCGGAAUCCGAAGAGGCAGUGAGGCGGCAAGGCGGCGGCAGCGGCGGGUCGUCACAAAGCCUGCACCGCGCCGCCACGUUCACCAUGUUCAAUUUCCUCCUGCUAGUCUCUGUAUGCCUUUCGUCAACCACACACGCGUGUUCGAGUAGGUCGACGCCGAAGCCACGACCGUUGCAGCCAACGGAACGGCCGAAUAUCACCUUCCACACUACCCCCUGUCCAAACGUGUACGCCAAAUGGUAUUGUCUCAAUGACGCCACGUGUUUCGCCAUCGAAAUCGGUGAAUCGGUGCUGUACAACUGCGAAUGUACCGACGGUUUCAUGGGACAGAGAUGUGAGUUCAAAAAUUUGGACGGCUCGUAUACGACUGCCCGGCGACAAGUGAUGCUCGAAUCGGCCAGCAUAGCAUCGGGAGUCAGCGUGGCGGUACUAUUGGUGUUCAUAAUCUGCACCACGUUUUACGUCAGGUCCAAGAGACAGCGGAAACUCAAGUUGAACGCAGCCGACGUCUCAAUGGUAGACGGCAACUGGACGGAUGCGGAAAAGCGGCCGUUUUCGUAUCGUCCGAAGCACACGAUCAUCACAAUUCCUCUAAAGACAGUUAUCACAGAACAGUCGACGCGAUCCUCCGGCGAUAGCCGCCGCUCGGACGAGAGUUCGCGACAAGAACCUUUGAUCGUAUGAGACGACUGCUAAUUCCAAAGUUAUUAUAUUCAGCACGAUCCGUGCGGACGACAGAUGACGAUUUUUUUUCACAUGGAGAUCAAUAUUUUGUGUCAGCGUGACGCCGCGGAUAUACCACCACUACAUAUGGCACAACAGUCAGUCAGCAGCUAGACACACAAAUUACAACGCAAACACACAAUAUCAAUGUCACGCCCCGACGACGUCAAAGAGCCACGUUAAGGGUUUUAAACACGACGCGCGCAAAAUUUGGAGUUAAGAAAUACAAAAUCGAAUGUAAUAAAAUUUAAAAAAAAUUGUUUUUAAACGGAUUUUUGCAACUUUAGUGUAUCGUGUACGAUGAUAUGUCGUGAUCGUCGCCGUGGUAUAUAAUCGAUGACACUAAUUGACAUAAUUCAACUAGUUUUGUUGUACAUUUUUGAUUAUAUUAAUUUUUACCAUCGUCGUCAUCGAUCCCUCUGGCGUGAUGUCACUAUCGCGUUUUUUUCAUUUACCCGUUGUUUUGUUCCAAAUAUUAUUAACGCAAAUACGUGCCGCUAUAAUAGGAAACGCACUCGAAAUUGAUCAUGUUAUAGUGUUUUAUAUUGUAUAAAAUCGUAAUUUUCGUGACAUUUUUAACCUCAAACGUAUAUAUUAAUAUAUAAAAAAAAUCGUCUGAGCCAAUAUAUAUAUAUAUAUAUAAUUUAUAGGUACAUAUAUGCAUAUAUUAUAUAUAAUAUAUAUAAUAUAGGUAGUGAUUUGUGUUUUGAUUUCGAUAUCAACGAAAAACAAAACAAGUCCGCGUGACAAGACUUUAACUAGUUGUCUCCAUAAUGGCCCACAAUCUCCACAUAUGUCUGUAAAUGUAUGUAUAUGUGUAUAUAUAUAUACAUAUAUAAAUAAAUGUAUAUGUAUACAUAUUUAUAUAUAUAUAUAUAAUUCUGCGAACCUAUCUCUAUGUGUAUCUCCAUCAUAAUAUAUAUAUAUAGAUAUUAUUUUUUUUUUUUAUAAUUUUUAGAAUCAUUGUUUUAAACUGUUUUGUUUUUUUCCUCCUCCCAUCUUAUUAUUAUUAAUAGUGGGUUACCAUUUUUUCCCCAAUGCUUAAUAAUGCAUAAAAAAAAAUUAUAACUAAAAAACCAAUUGUAUUUUGAAAACGAGGAAUUGUGAAUAUUUU